AUGGUGGCACGAGAAAGGGUCAAAAUCAUGAUCAGUUUUGGUUUCGUAUCACGGAGCGAUUUUGUAAGGGAAUGGGUCGAAAUCCAGAUAUCGGACCUCCAAUCAAUCAGAGAAAGUGAAGCGAGUUUGUUGAAAAAAACACAUGCUACAUUCCAAGAUGAUAUGCUAAAGCCUUUUAAAUUUAUUCAUGUGUGGGAAGUUGUCAAAAGAAGCAUUAGGUGGCGGGAACUUGCAAGACAUGAAGAAAUUGCUAAUCCGCCAAAAAGAAGCCGAACAUCUUCAUAUUCGAGCUCACAACAAGUCUCAUUGGAUGGUCACGUAGACGUUAAUCUUAAUGAUGAUAACGACGACAUCGAAGAAAUAUGCCCGCCUCCUCCUCCAAUGGGAAGGGACAAAACAAAAGCUUGA